AGUUCUCUAAAGCAGGAGGAGCUGGGAGCUGGAAGUGGGCGUGCUGUGAAGGUUCUCCAGUGUUUACGGUCAGUCCCAAAUCCAUCAUCAAAUCUCCAAAAUGGCUGCUGAGAAGGAAAGCGGAGUUGUUCAUCUCUAUGUUAACGGAAAGAAGGUGACGGUGAAAGAUGUGGAUCCAGAGACCAUGCUGCUCUCCUUCCUCCGAGAAAAACUGAGUCUAACGGGCACUAAGUAUGGCUGUGGAGGUGGGGGAUGUGGCGCCUGCACCGUCAUGAUGUCCACAUACAACACGCAGACCAAGUCUAUUCAUCAUUUCUCUGUUAACGCCUGUCUGAUGCCUUUAUGCCAAGCACAUGGAACAGCCGUGACCACGGUGGAGGGCAUCGGGAACAGCGAGAGCAAACUACAUCCUGUACAGGAGCGUAUAGCGAAGGCAAACGGCUCUCAGUGUGGGUUUUGUACUCCAGGGAUGGUGAUGUCCAUGUACACGCUGCUGAGGAAUCAUCCACAGCCCAGCAUGGAGGACAUAACACAGGCCCUGGGAGGUAAUUUAUGCAGAUGUACAGGAUAUCGGCCGAUUAUCGACGGCUAUCGGACUUUCUGUGAGCGUGAACGCUGCUGUCAGGAGAACAGCGCCACCUGCUGUACCUCAAACACCAACACGCCUCCUGAGAAACCGGAGCUGUUUAAUAAAGAGGAGUUUCUUCCUCUGGACCCGACGCAGGACCUGAUCUUCCCUCCCGAGCUCAUAAAAAUGGCCGAGAGCCAGAACCAGAGCACUCAGAGGUUUGAGGGGGAGAGGAUCACCUGGAUCUCCCCCAUGUCUCUCGAUGAGCUUCUCCAGCUGAAGUUUCAGCACCCAGAAGCUCCCAUUGUGAUGGGAAACACCAACAUCGGGUUGGAUAUCAAGUUUAGAGGUGUCGUGCAUCCCAUAAUAAUCUCAGCCAGACACGUGAAGGACCUGUUUGAAGUCACACAGAAUCCUGAAGGUGUGUGUAUUGGUGCUGGCUGCAGUUUAUCCACAGUACGGUCCGUGUUGCAGAAGUGUGUGUGUUCUCUUCCUGCAGAACACACACAGACGUACACGGCUCUGCUGGAGCAACUGAAACAUCUUGGAGGAGAGCAGAUACGCAAUGUUGCUACACUGGGAGGAAACAUUGCCAGUGCAUCCCCUAACUCUGAUCUGAAUCCUGUUCUGGCUGCAGGACGGAGCUCAGUGCUGCUGUUGUCUCACGACGGAAGGCGUGAGGUUCCUCUGGAUAAAGAUUUCUUUGUGGGAUUUGGGAAGACGCUUCUCCGACCGGAUGAGAUUGUGUUGUCUGUUUUUAUUCCCGUUUCCAGACAGUGUGAGGUGGUGUGUGCGUUCCGUAACGCUCCCCGGAAAGACAACGCUCUGGCCACGGUGAGCGCCGGCAUGCGGGUGUGGUUUCAUCACGGCUCAGACCUGGUGAGGGACAUGAGUGUGUAUUAUGGAGGAGUCGGAGCACACACACUCAGCGCAGAGAACGCGACACGGAACCUCGUCGGCAGGUCGUGGAAUGAGGCGACGUUAAAUGACGCGUACGUGGCACUACUCGAUGAUGUAACGCUUGGGGGCUCGGCUCCGAGGGAUAAGCUGGUGUUCCGCAGGUCUCUGUCCCUCAGCAUGCUCUUUAGGUUCUACCUUCACGGCCUGCAGCAUCUCAGAAACCAGAACGUGAUUCGGAGUGAAAUUCCAAAACACAACCUGAGCGCCGUGGAGCCGCUGCCCAGCUUCAUUCAGCCUGGAUACCAGGAGUUCCAGGCUGUAUCGGAUCAGGACAGUGUGGGCCGGGCGUUGCCUCACCACUCCUCUGUUCCACAUGCUACAGGAGAGGCCGUGUACUGUGAUGACAUUCCACACACACACAGAGAACUGUUCCUCUCUGUCGUCACCAGCACCAGAGCCUAUGCCAAGAUCACUCAUAUCGAUGUGGGCGGGGCUCUGGGGAUGGUGGGCGUGGUUGAUGUGAUCACUGCUGAGGACAUUCCUGGGAGCAGAUCAGUGAACUUCUCAGGACUGGACGAGGAGCUUCUGGCAGAAAACCAGGUCACAUGUGUGGGUCACAUGAUCUGCGCUGUCGUCGCCGAUACCAGGCAGCACGCGAAACUCGCGGCGGCGGCUUUGAAGGUCACGUACGAGGACCUGAAGGAUCCAAUCUUCACUGUAGAGGAAGCUGUAGAAAAGAGCUCCUAUUUUCCUCCUCAAAGAGAGCUUCAGAGGGGAGAUGUCUCCUCAGCGUUUCAGAAGGCGGACAAUGUGUAUGAAGGAGAGAUGCGAGUGGGAGGACAGGAACAUUUCUACAUGGAGACACAGAGCAUGCUGGUGGUUCCUGUAGGAGAGGAGAAAGAGAUGAAGGUGUACCUGUCUACACAACACCCAACAUGUGCUCAGAUGGCGAUAGCAAAGACACUGGGCAUUCCAUCCAAUCGUGUGUCCUGCCAUGUGAAGCGUGUGGGUGGGGGGUUUGGGGGGAAAAUCACCAAGACGACGGUGUUGGCAUGUAUCACUGCAGUGGCGGCGUGGAAAACUAAGAGGCCAGUGCGCUGUGUUCUGGAAAGAGGAGAGGACAUGCUGAUCACAGGGGGGCGACACCCAGUGCUGGGGAAGUACAAGGUGGGCUUUAUGAAUGAUGGCCGAAUCAUUGCAGCAAAUGUUCAUUAUUACGCCAACGGAGGAAACACACCUGAUGAGUCCCCACUGGUAGUAGAGAAGAUUCUUCUCCACAUGGAUAACGCCUAUAACAUCCCAAAUCUUCGUGGUGAGGCAGCAGCCUGCAGGACUAACCUGCCCUCUAACACGGCCUUCCGGGGUUUCGGUGUUCCACAGACCAUGGUGGUCAUCGAGAACAUGGUCAAUGAUGUGGCCAUGGUGCUCGAACGACCAGCUGAAGAGAUCCGUGAGAAGAACUUGUAUAAGGGGCUGUCGUUCACACAUUAUAAGAUGGAGUUUGACCCGGAGAACCUGCAGCGCUGCUGGGAGGAGUGUAAGGUGAAUGCUGACAUCAGUAACAGGAGAGAGAACAUCGCUCGCUUCAACCAGCAGCACCGCUGGAGAAAGAGAGGCCUCGCCAUUGUACCCAUCAAAUACGGCAUCGGAUUCUCAGAGGGAUUCCUCAGCCAGGCUGCAGCUCUGGUACACAUUUACAAUGAUGGCUCGGUGUUAAUAAGUCACGGUGGGAUUGAGAUGGGUCAGGGCUUACACACUAAAGUGCAGCAGGUGGCGAGUCGGGAACUGAAAAUCCCUCUGUCUUUGAUCCACAUUACUGAGACGUGUACGAGCUCCGUUCCCAACACCACUCCCUCUGCUGCAUCGUUCGGCACCGACGCUAACGGCAUGGCUGUCAGGUACGCGUGUCAGACUUUGUAUGAGCGUCUGGAGCCCAUCAGACGGGCAGACCCUGAUGGCACGUGGCAGAACUGGAUUAGGAGAGCGUUUUUGAAUAAAAUCAGUCUGUCCACUACUGGAUUCUACAGGGGUUACGAUACAGGAAUAGACUGGGAGAAACAGGAAGGAAAGCCAUAUACCUACUUCACUUACGGAACCUGCUGCAGUGAGGUGGAGCUCGACUGCCUGUCAGGAGAAUACAGGACUGUUAGGACAGACCUGGUUGUGGACAUCGGAAAAAGCUUAAACCCCUCUAUUGAUAUCGGCCAGAUCGAGGGAGCGUUUAUUCAGGGCCUGGGCCUCUACACUAUGGAGGAGCUGCACUUUUCCCCCUCAGGUGUUCUCUACACUCGAGGUCCAGCUCAGUAUAAGAUCCCGGCCGUGUGUGACGUCCCGCUGCAGUUUAACGUCUACUUGCUCGCCGGAUCCCAGAACCCGCAUGCCAUCUACUCCUCGAAGGGUAUUGGAGAACCCAUGCUGUUCCUCGGGAGCUCCGUGUUCUUCGCUUUGAAGGACGCCAUAAUGGCGGCGCGUAAGGACGCCGGGUUAACCGGACUGUUCACGCUGAGCAGCCCCGCUACACCGGAACGAGUGUGCCUUGCAUGCAAUACACACUUCACACAGAUGAUUCCAGAUGCAGGACAAGGAGCAUCUCAGACAUCGACUCUGCAGCUGCCUUGACCUUCACUCACCUUUUUAUCAAUUUAUCACAUCAUCAUCAUCAUCAUCAGGAAAUAAUCACAGCUGCAGCAGGAAAUACAUUCCGAUUGAAUCAACAGAAUAAUUGAUCGAUUUUGUGCAUCUAUUAUUGUGUAGCUUUAUAUUAUAUGCACACAAUCACAUUAACCUUCGAUGUUCUGAGUCUGAGACUCCAGUGAAAGGUGUGUGAGGAGUGUGUGAGGAGUAUGAGCUGUAUGAGGAGUGUGUGAGGUGUGUAUGACCUGUGUGUGAGAUGUGUGAGCUGUGUGAGGAGUGUAUGAGGUGUAUGUAAGGUGUGUGAG